UUCGCAGGUCACGGAAUGUAUUCAGCAUUCCAUAGCUAGCUUUACGUACUACUGUCAGAUGCGUGAUGGAUUUUUGUAUUGUUGUUGGCUUAUUUUGAUAAUCUGUUGUUAGAAUCUACUGUGAUGCGUCAGUGUAAUAUGCUGAUUGUGCAGACAAAUGUGCCUAUUUAAGUUUUGAAUAAGUAUUUAUUUACGUGUAUCUUCGAAUCUUUCGUAUAAAACUAUAUUGUAUAAUGGGCAACGCAGGAAGUAAUACAAGAGAACGUCACAAGCCGGGAGAAAAUAUGCCUCCGUCUUCUCCUGGUAAAGACAGUCAAGCAUUUGUAUUUGAUAAAAAGCCAAGCCCGAAGUUAGUGUUCCAGUCGUCAAACGAAGAGGAAGAACCUUAUUUUUCCAAGGACUCUGUUCAGGAUGAUUUGGGAGCUCCUCGUCAACGAUCUGCUACAGUUUCAGAAGGUACAAAAGUAAAUGAUAAAGUGUUACCAACUGUGUUUAAAUGGGAAGGAGGAGGCAAACAUGUUUUUAUUAGUGGGACAUUUUCUAAUUGGAAAACCUUACCAAUGGUAAAGAGCCAUGGUGAUUUUGUUACAAUAAUUGAUUUACCUGAAGGAGAACACCAAUAUAAAUUUUAUGUAGAUGGGGAAUGGCGACAUGAUCCUUCUGUUCAAAUAAUUGAUAAUGGCAUGGGAUCCAAAAACAACCUUAUAUCUGUGAAGAAAACUGAUUUUGAAGUUUUUCAAGCUUUGGCAAUGGAUAGUGCAAGUGCAAAUAGUAAUGAACAACGAGAAUACUCACAAGAUAUACCAGCUAAUAAGCCUUGGGAGAAAAUAGUUGGUCCUCCUGUUCUCCCCCCACAUUUGUUGCAAGUUAUUCUUAACAAGGACACACCAUUAUCUUGUGAACCUACAUUGCUGCCUGAGCCAAAUCAUGUCAUGUUGAAUCACCUGUAUGCAUUAUCUAUCAAAGAUGGUGUUAUGGUUCUGAGUGCAACUCAUAGAUAUCGUAAAAAAUAUGUUACUACUCUCUUGUACAAACCAAUAUAAUACACAUCUUAAACAGUUAUUAAAGUUCUCAUAUAGCAAAUGAUUCUAUACUUUUUCUGACUUGUUUAGAAUGCUCUCGUUCAGGACGAAAAAGACUUUGUGCUUUGGUGACUAAUUUAAUUUAUUUCUAUAUUUAUACUUCCAAUUCCAAGAACUUUUCUUGAUUUUGAUCUCCAUAUUUAUCAUUUAAUAUUUCAUAGUCAUAUUUAACUCUAGAUGAGUUGUAAAACACACACAUAUAUAUAUAAUUUUGCACACAAUAAUAUUGCAUAUACCCAGUACAUGUGGGUGUACAUUUAUGCAGCUUCAUAAUUCAUUAAAAACGGGUAAAUGUUUUGUUUUUUUUAAAAAUAUAUUGUACCUGUUCAUAUUGCUAAUUGCGUUGUUUACAAUUUGUAUACAAAUACUGCAAACAAUUUUGGAAUUUGUGCCAUCAAUAUAUCUUUAAAGGACUAAACAACUUUAUGUAGUACUUGGAGUCAUAAGAAGAUUGAAUUGUUUAAUGUUGCUUAAAAUAUUGAGAUCAUAAUUUAAAUAUUUAUUAUGCAAAAGCAAACAAUUAUUCUUGAAGUUUGAUUUAUAUCGUGGUCAUAAUUCUGAAGUUUAAUAAGAUAGUAAUUUACAUUACUCAAUUAAUGUGAAGUGUUUAUACCAGAAAAUAUUUUGUUCCUAAAUCUCUGGAUAUUUUCAUUAGUUAUUGUUAUCCUGUCAAAGCUGAAAAUUGGUAUUACCCAUAUAUCAAAUCCUGCUUAGCGAUAUUACGCUAAUACAGGAAGGAAAGAAAUGAAAAGAAGAGGAAAAGUUUUUCUCUUCGUUCUUAUUUUUCACCUAAAUUAAAAUGAAACGUUUUUAAUAUUAUUAAGUUUAUGAAUAGUCAAGAUUGACUAAUAGCUCAAGAAACGUGUUCUGGUUUAGCAUGCAUUCUUCAGAUCCAUGGGAAGUUAAAUGCGCUGACUGCUACAAAUAGUUAUUCAAAGUUGUUUUGAGAUCUUUUCUGCAGAGUGAUUGAGUGACAUAACUGUACAGUGAUGAUUCUGAAAGUGCUUUCAUACAAAUGCUAUUAGAUUUUACACUUUCUUUAAACAUUUUUGUUUUGAAAGACUACAGACAAGUUUGAAAAAGUAUGAGUAACUACUUUUAGAAACGGAAACUUUGUAAUAAAUGUCAGUUGUUUGAGAAACUUCUUUUGAUUUUCUUAGAAUGUAAUAAAGAACAAAGUUGAAGAAAAGUUGAAUACCAUAAGCUUUUGCAGAAAUUAUUUCAAGCAAAGAAGCUUCUCAUGGUUGAAGACACCGAGACAAAUCCACAUGUUGUUGAAGUAUGCAUUAGCAGUAGAAAGAAAUUCGUUAGUAGAAAUCCAUUAGAUAAAACCAAAAUGCAUUGUGUAGCAUUAUAAAUAACUAAUUUCAUUUUUGUGAAUUAAAAUUAGGGUACAGAGUACAACUGAAAUAUUAUAGUUUUUUAUGCAUAGGUGGAUUGUUAUGGGGUUUUGACCCAACAUAUUUUUUUAGCUAUCAGAGUGAUAUCAUUUGGGCCCCUGCACAUGAGCGUUACAUUACAAGACAGAUAACACUGUAUCUUAUGUGAAACAACACAAGCUCUUUGGCCGUUCUGCAUAAGAUAUAGCGUUAAUCUACUACAUGUGAUACUUAUCGCCCGUCAAUGUACCGCACGUGUGACACAGGCUUUAGUUAUUGGUAGAAUUAUAAAUGCUGAAGUUUCCAGCAUUACAGAUUGCUUUUCAGAGGUGUUCGUCCAGUUCUGACUGACAUCAGGAAAGUUGGCAAUACAUUGCAACUCUCUCUGCUAUCUACUGUUUCUACAGACAUCCUGAUAUUUAGUCAGUCAGGCAGAUGAAUUCAUUAAAAUAUUUCAUAAUUCCAAUAUUGAUGAAAUUUUAUGAACAACUUUAUCAAUUGUCAUGUAAUUGAUAUUUCAAUACUAGAAGGGGCCCUUUGUAGUUUGAUUGUGUUCUUGGCUUCUCAAGAUAUAAAUAUGGCCCUGCUCUUUGCCACUGAUCUAGGAACAUCAUUAGGUGCAUUAGAGAAGUCUGUAAACUGUUUGAAGACUGCAUGUCUUAACAAGGAGAAAUUGUUAUAAUGAAUUUUUUGCUUGGGUGAUUAUAGAAUAAAAAACAAGACAUAAAAGAAAUAAUAUGUGUGUUUCCUCAAAGGCUGAUCCUUGCUCAUUCAGGGCUUUCAUGCAGAAUUAAUUUUAUUUUAAUUACUACCAAACCAUUGCUUCAAAACAAAAUUGUUAAUUACACUUUAUUUAUGUCCCAUAAGCAUCUGUAGCAGUUAGUGCAUAAUUAACAAUUUUCCUAUUUUAGAUAUAUAUGUUGUUAAAAAGGAAGAUGUUAAAGAAUUUUUUAUUGAAAUCAGAUGUAUGGUAGUUUUUAUGUAGAUUCAUUCAUUGUUUUAGGGAAGUGCUAAACAUGGUAAUUGAGACAGAAGUAAAGAAAAACACUGGAUACUAGACGGGAUGUGUCCAUGUAAUUUUGUAUUUUUUUAUCUUUAUCAAUAUUAAAAUUUAUCUAUUACAUUUUAGAUAUGAUAAUAAAAUAUUUUCAUAGAAUUCAUGACAAUUAGUUCAGUUUUUAUUGUUCCUAUGAAUUAAGAGUUUUUUUGAACGACCUGUUUAAAAAUAUGUUUUGUCCACUCUUAGAAAGAUAAAAAAAGGUAAAAAAGAUUUAAAAAAGGUUGUGUUAAUGGUAAAAAAUCCGAGAGGAAAUUUUAAUGAAAUAUUUCUUAUAACAUUAAUGCUCAUUUGGAGUCUGCAUACAUGCAGUUCUUUGUUUUUUUCACUUUUAACAUUUCUCUUUGGGAUGAUCAAAAUAAUCUGCAAUUUAAGCUAUGAAGUUCAUGCGCUGUUAUUGUGCAAGAAUUUGUUUGUAAAGGCAUUGCAUGUAUUAUGCAUGCAUGUAUAUGCCUUAAUGAAUUUAAAGUUGUAUGGUGUUUUUGGUGCUAUGUGUUUUGUCUCUGGUGUACUUCAGAUUGCAAUACAUACAAUACUGUAUGCUGGAAAAGACUUGUAUGACGUGAUUUUCUCUUGGUGCCUUUGUUGUGUCCACAUUCUAGACAUGUACAUUGGGAGAUAUAAUUUUGAACAUAUACUAAAUUUCAAUCUACCAUUUUGGCUCUUCAGUAAAAAGGCGUAUGGAUAAUGUUAAUUUCCUUUCUUUUAGUGAAUGAGAGUGUGGAGUCAAAAGAAAACGGAAAUAGCGGAAAUAGCCCCAUGGGUCAUAAAAAAAGUAUAUAAGGAGGCAAGAAGCAACCAUUGAUGACUUUUUUUGUCCCAAGUUUCCCUGGAAUCCUUCAGGUGUGAGAUCAGUUUGUGUGUUGACAAAAAUGAUUCUAGGUGUGAACAUUAGGACCGAAAUAUUACUUCCAGCUUCUAAUCCAGAACUUAAUGUAUUACGGGAAAACACUGAAUUAUUACUUGUAAUGAUACAUAAACAAUGGCAUAAUUAGGCCUACACAUGAAAGAACUGUUAUCAUGUACACAUGGCAUUUCUAGAAUUACAAUGAACUUUUA